AUGGCAGAUAACUGGGUUGCCAUGCAUUCAUGCCUUGUUUUUCAUCACCAGUCUCUCAAGUUCAGCACGGAACAUAAAACACUUUGCGCUCCAAUUCUGAAGAGAGCAACAGGUAGACCGAGGAAGAGUCGAAUAAGACCUCGCAGCGAAGGGGCUGGACUUGGAGCGAGGAGGCAUAAGUGCACAAGGUGUGGUGGGACUUGUCAUUUCGCUAAGUAUUGUGAUAACGCAAUAGAUCCAGCGUUCGGAGACUCUUUCGAUGAAAAUGUUGGUCAGCAGCCGGUUGCAACGGAUGAAGCAAAUGUUGCUCAUCAGCCGCAUGGUUUUGACGAUGAUCCAAAUGAUGAUUUUCCUGAUGAUCCAAACGAUGCUCCAAACGAUGCUACAAAUGAUGCUCCAAAUGAGGCUCCAAAUGAUGGUAACCAACCUUCUCUGGUUGUGAGUUCUGCUAGUUCGGCGGUAGGUUUGAAGAAGACGGUUGAUGUACCGAAAACUAAGAGGAGAAGAGAAGAAGCACCCAUUAGCACAAGGAUCACAAGGAGCAAAGUGGUGGCAAUGAGCACAAGGAUCAGAAGGAGAAAAGUGGCGGGAAUGAGCACAAGGACAAACAAGUAGAAUUUAUGAAACAUUAUGAAUGAUGUUGCAAUUCUGUUGAAUGAUAAAUUUGAACUAAACUUCAAAUUCAAAUUCAAAUUCGAAUUUGACAUGCUAUUUGGAUGUUACAAUGCUUUCGAAACUA